AUGCAUCGACUACGUCUCCCCACCAUGCCCAAAACAUGCAUCCGUCCACAGCUGCAAACCCGCCUAAUCAGCACCCCCUCACAACCCAAGCCAACCCCCGCACGCUCCCACCAGAAACCUCAGCAAGAUGACUUGCGCAUUCUCCCCGCGACACCCAGUGAUAGCCCCGCUAUCGCAGAUGUCUUCCUGCAUGCUUUUUCCGACCCGUUCAGUCGACGCAUGUUUCCCAUCACCGAGGAUGUGCGCAGUUUCUGGGUAGAUCAGUUCAAGCACGAGAUUGAAGAGUCGCGGGCUGCUUCUACUCCCAGCACUGCGUUCUUGAAAGUUACUGCGGGUGAAGAGGGGACAGUAGCUGCGUUUGCCAAAUGGUGGUAUCCUGUCCCAGAGGGGAUGACCUCAGAUGGUGAGAAAAAUCAAACCAAGACUGUUUGGCCCCCAAGCUCGGAUGCCGAUCUCUGUGAGCGAUUCUUUGAUUUGAUGAACAGCGAGAAGAAGAGGGUCAUGGGAGGGAGAAAGAAGGGGUAUUUCUACCUCGACAUGCUGGGCACUCUUCCCCAGUUCAACGGCCGGGGCAUCGGAUCGAGGUUACUGCGUUGGGGACUGGACCGGGCAGAUGAGAAAGGCGUGCCGACUUUCUUGGCCUCCACGCCUGCGGGACGGCCCCUGUAUGAGAAGUAUGGGUUCGAGGCGGUGGAAGAGUACGAGGUGAUCCCGGGAUAUUUCCAGGCGUCGAUGGUGCGGGAAGCAAAGUUUUUAUAA